UGCCGUGCUUAUUUGGAGGUGGGGCUCAAGGAAUAGGGUUGCCUGACUCAUUUGAUUGCUUUUCGCCCUGUCUCAUUCCUACCGUAACACUUGAUUGCUGACUUUGUAGGUGACCUUUAAAAAAAAAAUAUAUAUAUAUAUAUAUAUUAUAAUAUUUGUUUAUUUUUUUUGGUCGGAAAUGUGGACUUUGUGUCUUCUCUGCGUCUGUUUACCAUGGUCGUCGUGCCGUGACGCAGAAACAGCUGCUAACGUUGCGGCUGAAGGCAGAGCGGAGCUGCAGAGGGUUCGGAACCUUGCGGCCCAACCGCGCUAUGGUGAAUGUUGGUCUAAUGCGCUGGAGAAUAUCGACGCGCGUUGCAGAGACUUCACAGUUGAUGUACAGAGUAGGAUUGCCUUACGUUUUACCCACUGUCACCUGCGCAAAUCUGGCCGUUCAUUCCCAGCAUGUCCGGAGGACAGCGAGGUCAGCCGCUGUACUAGAACCAUGGACCCUGUGGCCUUCAACGCCUACACGGAAUUCUUCACCCACGCCCACAGCAUCUGUCGACACCUGCAGAGCGAGAGCUGGCAACACCAGGCUGAGAACACCAUCCACAGGCUAACAGAGAGCUCAGCGGGGGUGGUGGAGCGAUUGUCCUCUACCCAGCGUAUGGCUGAGAGCCUAGUGGAGGCCCAGAGCGUCGCCCUCAAGUCACAGGAGACGAUCCUACGCAACGGAGAGGAACUCAAACACACACUCCACCAUUCUACCCAAGGCAUCAGAGCAGUAUUUGAUGAGAUGAGACUGUCAACCCAGGAGCAACAAGUGGCAUUCGCAGAGAUCUUCAACCGUGUCACUUUCCUCCAGAGUUUCAUCAUGUCAGAGUCUCACACCCUCACCAGUCUACUCUACAACUCACUGGGGUUCCUCGUCUCCUUCUUCCUCACCUCGACACAGCGGACUGCUCCAGCCAGGUUUGUUCUGUUUGGUCUGGUAGUGCUGAAUGUGUACCUGGAGAGGAUGCUCUGUAGAGCGGUGCUGGACUCCUCUGAACCAGGCUACCAGCAGAUGGAGCAAAUCAGCCUGUCGGUGGGCCUCCUCAGAAGGGCCAUGGUUCUAGUGGGUCUAUUGGCUCUGGUCUACGUUGCUGUACGGUAUCGUAACGUCACCAAAGAGAGCCUGGAGAUCCUCACCCAACUCAAAGAGACUCGUACAAGUCUUCAGCUGGCCCUGCAGAAAGCAGAGUGUCUCUCUGAGGCGGUGGACAGGAGGAGCAGCGGAGCAAGAGGUCGAAGUUCAGAACAACGACCCAGUAGUAGGAAGGAGAAUAAGGAAGAAAACGACAGCACUUCAGAUUUCACAUCAGAGAAACCCUACAUGAGUCAAACCUAUGAUGGCUGGCAGUAUGACAGCAGUCACAGCACCUUUGGAGGAGAGGAGACCUCGACCCAGACCCAACGUACCCUGCCCAACCCUGCAAGACCUCAGCGUCGCUCCUCUGUCUCUAGACGUGCCCCGUCCUCCCCUUUGGUCUACAGUAUACUGGUGGAGGAUAAGCAGACACGCUACAAUCUGAGGAACCGGAGAUCUUCUGUGUCAGGCCUGGGGACAGACGGAGGGAGGGACUGACAUGGGCCUGGGGACAGACAGAGGGAGGGACUGACAUGGGCCUGGGGACAGACGGAGGGAGGGACUGA